AUGCCAAACUUCGGGCAGCAGGGUCAGGGUCCAGUGCAUAAAGCUGGUGACCAUGUUGCAAACUUCUUUCAUUCUACUUUCAUCCGAUCGCUGAAGUGUACGGACCCAUCACGCAUUAGAAUGAAGUCACUCGCAUUAUUAUGCACUCUGGUACUCUUUGCCAUCGCCAAGGAUGCCUUCGCUAUCGAACCAAUCGGGAAGAUGCGUCCCACCGAACGAUUGAUGGAUAAUCUCGACGUACUGCAGGAGGACAGCAAUUUCGACCCGCUCGCACCGGUUUCGGAACAUUCGGCGCUGUUCGAUAUUGCGAAACGCUUGGCGCAGAAGAAAGAGUCCAGUAUCGAGGGUCGUGAGGCUUACAGCGGUGGUUAUCAUCCGGGCGGUGAGCUGAACAAUCUGGACCGGCUCGAGUUGUACACGAAGCAGUUUUUGGAUCUUGCCGUUGAUGUAUCCUACUCGUCUGUUUAUCUGCUGAGCAACUACACACGAUUCGUACGCAAUGCCGACAACAAGUAUAUUAUCGUCUUUGAAUAA